CUAUAUUCAUUAAAUCAAAUAACCCUGAGUUAGAUAAAGGCAAGACUGUAGAUCACAAGUAUUAUAUUGAAAAUUAUUUGAACUCUUCUGUUAAUGAAAUAUGAAAACAAACAUAGACACCAGGUUCAAAAUGUACAAAAUUGCUUAAAGAUGAUCGUUGACUUCAUACUCAUCUGAUGUGAUUAAUCAUUCGACAGAAAAAGACAUCAAUAUAAUGUCAUAGGAGCCACAUUCGCCAAGCCUGUUACUAUGUAAUUUAUGGCUAACUAAUUUUAUCUAACGUAGUUUAACUGAUUAAAUAAAUGAAAUAUGAUUAGCUCAUGUGGUUUCCAGGACAGCUAAAUAUUUUUUUUGAAAAAGACUUAAAAAAAACUUUUACUAAAUUGUUAGAAAGGAUUGUACUUGAUAUAAAUAAUCAUGGCAACUAUUCUCAAUAUUUGAUAAAAUAAAAUUUUGAAAAUAUCUCAAAAUCUUUAUAUUUUUAUUUAAUGCUCUGAGAACUUUUGGUUACCCCUAAGUAGAGAUUCAAACUAUAUACACGAGACUUUAAAUAUAGAAAAUUUAUAUUUAUGAACAUAUUUUAAUUAUUGAUUUAUGUUUGUAACUCGUAUAAUUUAAGUAUUGUUAAACUAAAAUAAAAGUGUUGUUGUUUUUAUGUUAUAUAUAAUUGUUAAUAUAUUUAUUAUAGAGUUCAAGUUAUGAUUGCAAUGAAAUUGAUAGUCGUAUAUUUCCAUCAUCUAUAGUUGGUUUUCAAGAAGAAAAAACAAAUUUAUCAGAAAAUAAUAUAUCAAUUUUAGUUGGUUGUGAAGAUGGUACAAUGUAUUCUAUAUUAAUAUCACGUCAAAUACCAAUAAGAAUAAUUAAUAUGAAAUUAUUAUCUACUGGUCAGAUAAAAUCAUGUUCUCGUAAACCAGUUGUUUUACGUCAUUUUAAUUUAUCAUCAAAUGAAUAUAUUCUUGCACGAAUUUAUUAUUCUCCAAUUGUUGCACCUAAUGUUAAAUUUGGUUUAGUACAUUGUACAUUACAUCGUUGGUUAUCAAAUAAAAUAAGAUCAUUUAAUGAUAUAGUUGAAAAUUUUUUAGAAAGAAUAUAUAUUCCAUUAUAUUGUUCAUCUGAUGAACUAACUAUUUUAUUUAAUCAAUGUAAAUCUUAUAGAAAUAAUAAUAAUAAUAAUAAUAAUAAUUAUGAAAUAAAUAAAAAAGAAAAAGAAAAUGAUAAUGAUAAUUAUAUUUAUUUACAACGAUUAUGUCGUUUAUAUUAUUUAUUAAAUAAUAGAAAAGAACAAUAUAUAUAUGAAAAUAAAUUAUUAGAAUAUUAUCGUAAUCGUUUAUCAAUUAUAUUAAAAUCACUUUUUUCAAAUAUUAUUAAUAAACUUUCACAAAUUGAAUUAUUUAUUUAUAAAAUUUGUUCAAAUCAAGAUGAAAUAUAUUCAUAUAAUAUGUUUAUGUGUCCAUUAUGUAAUAAUCCAUUAAUAAUGACAAAAGAUGAUCUAUUAUAUAGUAGAUGUUCAAAUAAACAUGUUUGGCCUCGAUGUUGUCGAACACUUUUACCAUUAUGUUUUGAUUCUGCUCAGACAUGUUCAUCUUGUGAUAAAACAAUAACACUUAUUCAAACAAAUGAUAUUAAUUAUAUCAAUUUUUUACAAUAUAAAGAUAAACAAUUGAACUUUUUUUUUUCAUCUAUAUGUACUCUUUGUAUGUAA